AUGAGUGAGGAGUUCGAGGAUGCCGGGCGUAUCAGCCUCAUCCAGGAGUUGAGCGAAUAUAUCGAUGAUCGGGCAGUAAAACUUGCAAAUAACGAUCCCAUCGGCUUUCAAGCUGCAAUGAAAGGUCACGACUCGGUCGGUGUGAUAUUGACCUGGCUGGAGAGAAAGAAAAUACAGAAGGCAGCUGAAGCUCGCUUUGCACUGGCCAAGCAGAAUUGCUAUGAUAGGGACAGAAAUGAGUUCUGCCUUGCUCCAACCGUCCAUCGGUACUGGGGAAAGGCACGGUUUGCACUGAAGCCAAUUGAAGCCAGCGAAGAUGGACGGUCUCUAAAUAUCCAGUUUUACUGGUUGCCCAUCCGCAAUCUUGGCCCUAGAGUAAACCUCCUUGUACGCCCGUCGAUCUCUGGGCCCGUGUCUGCUGCUGGGGAUAAGGUGACCUUCUUUAACCUCGAGACUGACAGACGAGUUCGCUCUGACGAUCUGAUCACUCUCACCUCAUCUCACCCUGAUAGCCAUCCUCUGCCAUCAGUGCCGCUCCUCGAGAUGCAGUGGUAUCUUCAGCGGAUCGCUGCCCUGUCUGGUGCUUCAGAAGAGGACGAUGAGGACUACAGUGACGAUGAUGAGGAUGAUGGAGACACUGUUCCAAUCUGGGAGGAGGAGGAGACCUGA